AAGUGAGUAUUACCAGAGCAUGCAUGCCCUUAUAUUUGCUGUGCAGGAGAUUAAUGCAGAUCCGGAGCUCCUUCCCAACGUCACGUUGGGCUUCCAGGUUUACGAUGCAUGUAACACUUUACGGCGAGCAGCACAAGGGACUCUUUUCAUGCUAUCCGGAGGAAAGGGAAUCACGCCUAAUUAUCACUGUGACAAAGGGACACGUCUUGCUGGGAUCAUUGGGGAAUCUGGCUCGACACGUUCCAUUCUUAUGGCUCAAAUUUUGGGACUGUACUGGUACCCACAGAUUAGUUAUUUUGCUUCCAGCCCUAUUCUCAGCAAUCGUUACCUGUUUCCUUCCUUCUUCCGUACUAUACCUAGUGACCAAUUUCAAAUGAAAGGUCUGGCUGAGCUGGUCUUCUAUUUUGGUUGGUCUUGGGUUGGUCUCCUGGCGAAUGAUAAUGACUACGGUCAAUUUGGUCUUCAGAUAGCAAAGCAAGAAAUAAUAAAGGGAGGAGCUUGCGUUGCCUUUACUGAGAAUAUCUUGACAGGCCAACCCAACAGAAAUGCUCCUCAUAUUGUUCAAGUCAUUAAAGAGUCAACUGCUAAGGUUGUCAUGGUGAUAUCCUCCGAUUCUCACUUUGUAAUUGUGGCCGAAGAGUUGCUAAGGCAGAAUGUGACUGGAAAUAUCUGGAUUGCUAGUGAAGCUUGGGCAACCUCUGAUUUGCUCUUUAAGGAACGAUAUCAAGAAAUGUUAUUGGGCACCAUCGGUUUUGCCAUCCACCGUGGGAAGAUGCCAACAUUCAGUAAGUACCUGAGAAGUUUCCAACCAGCAAAUGAUCAUUAUGACCCAUUCAUAAAGGAAUAUUGGGAGCAAGCCUUUUCUUGCAAGUGGCCCGGUCAGGAGAAUAAAAUUGUCUCAUCUGACAAUGCCUCAAUGAGAGUGUGUACAGGAACUGAAAAGCUGGAAAGCCUGCUUACUGAAGAAUAUCAUAGAUUAUCUCUAAAUGUGUACAAUGCAGUCUAUGCAAUGGCAUGGGCCAUACAAAAUCUGCUUAACUGUACAUCCGGAGCAGGGCCAUUUCCUUAUGGAGAUUGCGCUAACAUCUCUUCUUUUCAUCCUUGGCAUCUUCUCCACUAUAUUAAAAAUGUCAACUUUAAGACAAAAGAUGGGAGACAAAUUUUUUUUGAUGCAAAGGGCAACCCUCCAGCCAUCUAUGACAUUGUGAAUUGGCAAGUAAAUGUUAAAGGUGCCCUGGAGCCGGUUACCAUUGGUAGUUAUGACUUAAGUGCUCCUAAUGGAAGAACCUUAAGUAUAGACAGUGCUGGAAUUAUAUGGACCAACAAUGAGACCCAGGUUCCUCUUUCCACCUGCAGCCCACGUUGUCCCUUAGGAUUCAGAAAAGUGAUAAUACCAGGAAGGCCCCUCUGUUGCUAUAAUUGUGCCCAUUGUCCCCAGGGCUAUAUUUCAAACCAAACAGAUGCUGUGGAAUGUCAAUCAUGUUCCUGGAAUAUGUGGCCUAAUCAACAACAGGAUAGGUGCCUACUGAGAACUACAGAAUUUCUGUCAUAUGAAGAACCAUUGGGUUACAGCUUAGCAGCCAUUGGUAUUUUAUCUUCUCUGAUCCCACUUAAUAUUUUGGGAGUUUUUAUUCAUUAUAAACAAACACCAAUUGUUCGAGCCAACAACUAUUCCCUUAGUUGCCUUCUCCUGCUCUCCCUGUCCCUCUGUUUCCUUUGCUCUUUAGGGUUCAUUGGUUACCCACAACCUACACAGUGUCUUCUGCGCCAAGUGGCAUUUGGCAUGGUUUUUGCUCUCUGUAUCUCCUGUGUUUUAGCCAAAACAAUCACUGUUGUCAUUGCCUUUAAUGCAACCAAACCAGGCAGCAGACUGAGAAAAUGGACUGGGGUAAAGACAUCAUAUUGUGCGAUUGGGUUUUGCACCUUUCUCCAGUUAGUUGUGUGUGUAUUGUGGUUGAGCUUAUCUGCUCCCUUCCCAGAACUUGAUGCUGACACCAAACCAGGAGUCAUCAUAGUUAAUUGCAAUGAAAGGCCACCCUCUGCUUUUUGGUGCAUGCUGGGAUAUCUUGGCCUCUUGGCCUUCAUCAGUUUCAUUGUUGCCUUCUUGGCCAGACGUCUCCCUGACAGUUUCAAUGAAGCCAAAUUUAUCACAUUCAGUAUGUUGGCUUUCCUCAGUGUCUGGGUGUCCUUUAUCCCAGCCUAUCUCAGUGCACAGGGCAUGUAUACAGUGGCAAUGGAGGUCUUUGCCAUUUUAUCUUCCAGUUGGGCUGUGGUGGGCUGUAUCUUUGUGCCAAAAUGCUACAUUGUAUUGUUCAGGCCCAAUAUGAACUCCAGAGAAAAUCUAAUGGGGAAAGGAAAAGGUCAAAAAUAA